AUGGUAGAGCUUAACGAGUACAGUAGCGAGGAGUGCAGUUUAUCGUCAGCCCGCUCGGGCACGUCAAGUCCCCGUUUUUCAUUAUUCAAGUGGUUCAAGCGUUCGCCAAAGCCCCAGCACAAUUCCAAUCCGCGUAAGAUCAGGAUUGCGCCUGAGAGUGUGUUCUCAAGCAGUGACAGUGUCGACACGUUCUACAGUACCGCGACAGUCCGGAGUUUCGCCUUUCAGGCCGGCCGAUCGGGCCCUGAACUCCACACGAUAGACCUAGCGCGUCAGGACCCAACGAAAGUCGGACCCUUCGGCGACGGUGCUGUCAAAAUUCUCGAGAGAGAUGCGAGAAAUUUGACACUGAAUGUCACAAGAACAUUGCCGGCCAAUGUCCUCUCCCGGCGACGUGACAUUACCGCCAGAUAUUCGUUGCAGACAUGCACCACGUCAUUCGGAUCUUGCAGCAACAUUAGUCACCAGAGGAAUCUGUCGGGUGCAGUUAAGCGGACUGAGGAUCGGGGGAACAUCAGGCGGGUUCAUGUGAGGGGUAAGAGACGUGCGCCAAAUCCCCCGAGUGCGAGACCGAGAAGUCUCUGCGAGGUUCAGGAGAUCGUGGUUGUCGGUACUGGCAAGAGGAAGCGAAGACCUGCGCCAAAGCCACCGGAGCAUUUGGUGAAGAAACGCGAUACGGGAAUGGAUGGUGAGAGGAAGAAUCAGGGGACCGGUAAAAUUCAAUUAUUUGGUGAGCCCGCGGGUAGGAGACAGCCUGAGGCCAAAGAGGUUCAGAGCAUCAGCACAGAUACUCUGGUGCUUCGAGGUGGUGUUCUUUUGCCGAAGAGGGAAGCUCAUUCGUCAACAGCCGCCGCCGUUGGAGGUCAGAGCACUGCGAUGCCGCGACCUUGGUACAAGAGGAAUGUCUUUGAGCACUCGAACGUCAACAAAGAGACCUCGAGUAGCGUUGCGCCUUCGUCAGCUGCUUCGGAUCCCUCCAGGAGCCACGACGAAGGCUCCCUCAGACACUUCUUCAGCCGCUCCGACCGGAACACUAGGGACGGGAAGAAAGGGGUGAAGCGACAGUCGGGGCUGUCGAUCCUCACGAACAUCAGCGAACUCGACAAAGAAGCUGCGGCGAUCGUGCAAGAAGAACAAGCUAAGUCGCGAGCAGCCAUGCUACUUGAGGCAUCGCGGCUCGGCGAGAUCGAGAAGAGAAUUGAUGGUAAUGAGGAGGUCGUGCAGGACAUGGUAACGUCCGCCAUGGAGAACUCCCCGAGAAGGGGCACACGAGCUCUCAUUUCCAAGUUCAAUGCCAUUGGGAAUAUCACUAAAGUCACGGUGAAUACGAGUUUCUUCGCUAAGCGUGAUGGGAGUAAGGGAGAUCAGGGGGAAGAUUGGAAGAGGCGCAGCAGAGUCCCGGAGGGGCCGAGGGGGGAGAAGGAUAUCAGUAAAUACUUCCGGAGUCAUCAGGUGGGUGAUAUUGAUGAGAAGGGACGGAGGUGGAGCCCGAAAUUGGGGAGUGAUGCUAGGAGGGCGAUCGAUGCCUCUCGGAGUGCUUUUUUAACGGGAAGUGCUGGAGGUUCUGUGUCGCAGAAUGCUGAGAAAGUUGGGGAGAAGAAGAUUGGGAGCGGUGAUGCCGCCGGAGCUGGGAAAUACUGCCCAACGAUGGAUGUUACCAAUCGUCUCUCAGCCCUUCAGGAUAUCAUUAAGAAGCAUUCAUCCCCAAUCCCCACUCGAUCUUUAACUAGCACCAUUGGAACAUCUCAAGACGAUGAAAAUAGCAGUGGAAGUUUUUCAAAUUCACCAAAACUUCUCCGUAGCAGAGUUACUGAACAUCGAGAUACACGUACGGAAAAGUUUGACGAAGUAAGAACUAGUGCUGAAGUUAUUCAACGUGAGUUUUCCCAGAUAUUCGAGGAGAUCGACAGGCAAUUGAGUACAAGUAAGUUGAGGCUUGAACAACAGCGAUUGGUGGAGGGAAGAAAUUUCAAGAAGAGUGAUUCGUCCAACCAGGUGAGCAAGGUGUUGGAUAUUCUUGUUCAGACUGAGAACUUGCGGAAGAGCGAGAAAGUGGAGAAGAAUGAUAGAGCCAAAACGACAAUUGUUAGUUCUGAGAAUAGAGUGACGGAUUUGAAGGAGAUGUUGAAGGAGAUGAAGCAUUCGCUGCCGAAGCGCCCGAAACCGAAGAGGCCGGACGAUGUCAGGGCUAUUCCCUCGACUUCAAGAUUUCAGGAGUCAGUUAAAGUUACGGCGCCACCAGUUCUGCGGAUGGCAGCCCCGAAGUCGCCGAAAAUCGAAGUCGAGAGGCAGAAAGUGUCCUCGGGGGUGCAGACCAGCGGAAACAUCCGGAGGAUCGAUAACUUGAGCCGGAAGGACCCACCUGCGCCAGGAAAAGGCUCCUCUGGAGUCGUCAGGAAGACGUUCCAUCUCAUGAGACCCAGGGAAUUCGCCGCCAUCGAGGCCAUCAUGACGAUGAAGAAUAGCCAGGAGGAGAACACCUAUGCCAAUGUCAUCGAACAAUCCAUCUAUGCCAAUGCCAUGGUCCUGCCCUCCCGCAGUCACCGGAUCAUACCCACUCCUACCGUGUUCGGAGCCAAGAAGAGAGAAACAUCACCAACACCUGAUGCACAUCCUGCUCUUCAACUGUUCAAUGCCACGGUCAAUCGCCUCCUGAAGAAGCUGGAGGCUGCCAUCGCCUCGGGAAAUCAUCAGCAGGCCGCUGGGUUCGCCAAGGAAUUGGCUAAAUUGAAGAUACAAUGCUCCGUUGUCAGGCAAAAGGCCAAAGUCACGGAUGUCCUCAAUGUCGAUAUGUUUAUCGAAGACAGACUGGCGCAUCAGGGCCCAAUUCCCCUACAACUUCCAAUAACAAUGUCCGUUGGAGAAUUGAAGUACAAGAUUUCCCAGGAAUUCCAAAUUCCACCGAAUGUGCAGAGAUGGAUAAUCGCCAAGAAAUUAGCAGACGAUGACGAUGCGACACUCCAGGAGCUCAACGCUGUCGAGGGACUACCUGUUUUCCUGUACCUCGCUGCACCAGUAUUACAGAUCGAUAAUGGAGCUAAGGCUGCUGGGGUUGCUCCCGAGGAUGACAAAAUGGAAGAAAAUGAGGAAAUUGAUAUGGCUCCUGCAGAGGAAUCAUCUGAUGAAGAAUCAUCUGAUGAAGAGGCUCCUCACCCCUUGUUUCCUGAGGUUGUUACGACGAAUGGUGUAACGACCCCAGGAACUUCAGAUGUUGAGGAAGAACCACAACCAGAAGUAAUGCAAGAGGCCAAAAAACCAAAGUACGACGAAGUAACCGUUGAAGAACUAGUAUCUGAGAAUGAAAAACCAGAGAACCCCGAAAAUGAAGCAAAUCCAGAUGAUAACGAUGAAGAAGGUGCCGUUGGCAUAAUCGAAAGGUCCAAAAUGGAGUACAACGAGUUAAUAAUGCUGGAAAAUUGUGGACUCGUGCAAAACAUUAUCGCCAUCGAGUGCCCAAUUUGUUUAGAUAUUUAUGAGCCUUUGGAGGGUGUUGUUCUUCGGGACUGUCUCCAUGCAUUUUGCAGAGCUUGCAUAAAGGACACGAUCAAAUACUGCAGCGAGGCUGAGGUCAAAUGUCCAUAUGGAGACGCGGUCUACACGUGCGAGUCGACACUCCAACAACGUGAGAUAAAGGCUCUGGUUGACGCAGAUGUCUACGAGCAGUACCUCGCCAAAUCAGUUUCCCAAGCUGAGAACAACGCUGGACAAAAUGCAUUCCACUGCAAGACACCUGACUGUCCCGGCUGGUGUAUUUAUGAUGAAAACGUCAACAAUUUCUUGUGCCCUGCUUGUGAUAUGACGAACUGCCUCACUUGCAGAGUAAUUCACGAUGGAAAAAACUGUUGGGAGUACCAAGAGGACGUCAGACUGUCCAGUGGCACUGAUCAAGAGGCAACGAGAACAGCAGCAAUGCUGACAGCCAUGCUGGACAGUGGUGAAGCAAUGAUUUGUCCAACGUGUGCCGUUGUCCUGAUGAAAAAGUGGGGAUGCGACUGGUUGCGUUGCUCAAUGUGCAAAACAGAAAUAUGUUGGGUUACAAAGGGACCAAGAUGGGGGCCUGGUGGUAAGGGUGAUACCUCUGGAGGCUGUAGAUGUCAGGAGAACGGAGUCAAGUGUCAUCCUCGUUGCAACUACUGUCAUUAACAUUAAGUACUCACCUAAUCGUUUAAAAGAGUUAUACAAGUUCAAUUUUAACGUUUAAUUUCUAUACUUGAAUUAUGAAAGAGUGUUUAUACCGUUAUCCAAGGAAUUUGUGAUGUUUUUUAAAGGCAGAAUGUACGUGAAAAUGCGACAAUUUCAUUCAUUUUCACCAAAAAAGGUGUAAUAAAUCUGUCAUAUUGAUUUA